GCUGGGGACAGGUUGUGGAUGGAUUGGGGACAGAUUUGGGGACAGGUUGGGGGCAGGCUGUGGGACAGAUCACUCUGUGUCCUGCAGGCUGCACCGACGACAUCACGACCAGCGACCACUCGCCCGUCUUCGGCUCCUUUGAGGUCGGCGUCACGUCCCAGUUUGUCUCCAAGAAAGGGCUGUCCAAGUCAUCGGAUCAGGCGUACAUUGAGUUUGAGAGCAUCGAAGCCAUCGUGAAGACGGCGAGCCGCACCAAGUUCUUCAUCGAGUUCUACUCCACCUGCCUGGAGGAAUUCAAGAAGAGCUGCGAGAACGACACGCAGAGCAGCGACAACAUCAACUUCCUCAAGGUGCAGUGGUCGUCGCGGCAGCUGCCCACGCUGAAGCCCAUCCUCUCUGAGAUCGAAUACCUGCAGGACCAACACCUGCUGCUCACCGUCAAGUCCCUGGAUGGCUACGAGUCCUACGGUGCGUCCGCCGCCGCGCUCCCCGUGCCGUGCCAACCUCCAAGGGUUGGGAGACCCCCAGUUUGAC